AUGACGGGCCAAAAACACGUGGUCUUUGACGUCGUUGGCACUUGUGUUUCAUUCGAUGCAUUCUACGACGCUAUCAAUAGAGUGAUCGGAGAUAAGCUUGCCGCAAACAAUAUCACUGCACCAUUCUUCGGUUUCAGUUGGAUGACAGCCGCAGAGCUUGAGUUCACCUUUCUGUCGGUCUCCGCACGGCACAAGCCAUACAAACAGAUCCUUGGAUCUCUUUUUUUUCGCACUCUCCAUAUGGCAGGCAUUGUCGCACCCCGGGAUUUUGCGACGGACGCAGAGAGGGACCAGUGUGUUCAAGGUUACUCCGAAUUGCAGUUGAGACCAGGAACGGUAAGAUGCUUCGAUAUACUCAGGAAAGGAGGGUUUACUGUGUGGUGUCUCACUACCGGAGAUAUUAAACGCGUCCAAGGCUAUUUUGAACGUGGGGGCGUCGAUAUGCCUUCAGAAAAUGUGAUUAGCUGCGACACGCAUGGGCUGGCAAAGCCCGCGCUGGCAGCAUACAAGCCUGCGUUUGACCGCUUUGCCCCCGAGGACGACAAAUGGUUUGCAGCCGGUCAUAUGUGGGAUGUUACUGCUGCAACCAAGGCCGGGUUUCGAGGAGCAUACUGUACCGUAUACGAGAAGGAGAGCUGUUUAGAGAUCUUUGACGAGGUGAUGGAAGUGACAGCUGACACACUACCCGAGAUGGCGGAAAAGAUCGUGGCGGCUUCAAAAUAA